AUGUACAAGCUGGUGGUGUUGUUUUCCGUGCUCGCAGCAGCUGCUGCCAAGCCUAGCUGGGUAGCUCCAUUGGCUUACAAUGUGGCUCCAGUGGCCUACAGCGCGCCAUCUCCAUUGGCCUACUCGACUUCGUACGUGUCUCCAGUAGCAUACACCUCUGUUUCACCAGCCGUCAGCUCCGUCUCCCAGUACAGCAGCAGCGUUCUCCACGGAUCCCCAGCUGUGCCAGUGUACGGUGCUUACGCUCCAGUCGUGCCAGCUCUAUCGCAAGCCCCCGGUUCCCCAGCUGUAGUUGUGGACGCCGUCCAAGGUGUACCUUUGGACACACCUGAGGUCGUCGCUGCCCGCGCUGCUCACUACCAAGCCAAGGCUCUAUCUGGACACUCCAUUGCCAAGCGUUCAGUAGCUGCUGUCCUUCCCUACAGUUCUGUGGUGUCACCAGUUGCCUACCCAUCGCCUUACGUCCAUGCUUCCUACGUGUCUCCUUACUCCGCCGCUGUCGUGUCUCCCUACGCCGCUGUCGUACCAAGAGCACUCUCCGUCCACCCUUAUUGA